UUAGGUCUAUUUAAUAUUCAAAUGAAAUGAAAUCGAAUAAGAAAGUUGUUUGUUACUUUUAUUAAUCAAACAAAAUGAUUAAAAAUAUAUUUUUAAGAUCUACAGUAUCUGUGCAGUGCAGAGAUGGACCCAAGGGUUGUUAGAAAUUGGAUUAAAAGUAUUUACCCUGUACUUACAAUUGCAAAAAUAUCACUAAGAAGAAUGUAAUGUAGUUUUGGGGUCUGCACGUUCUCAGAAGAUAACAUUAACCUAAAUUAUAUUUUGUAUGUGUUUUUUUAAAGGGGGUAAAACAAGGUGAAGUUCUAAAAGAGAUCAAGCCUCAGCAAAUAUCAGAAUAGUUAACUCAAAAGUAACAAUGCAAUAACAUAAAAGGUAACUAAGUAGCACACCUACUUACUUUUUUGGGGAGUAACUCAAUAUUGACUAUAACUCAAUAAAUCCCCAACACUCCUGAUUAGCUAUUUUCCUGAAAAAUCAUCCUACCUAGUUAUAAUAAGGUAUUUUGCACUGUAUAAUCAUGCUAUAUCUUUAUGUUUAUCACACUAACUAUUUCACACUAACAGGACAAUAUAAUGAAAUCAGAAUCUUCGGAAUCAUCACAAACACAAAAGCAGAAGCGCACUGUAUAUUUUAUAAGGCAUAGGAUGAACUGAUAGGUACAGCUAUAAAUUUGUGCUAUGGUAGAAAAUUCUAACUGAGUAGGACAAAUUGACAUAACACUAGUAAGGAAAUAUGCAGAAACACUAAGACUAAAUAAGACAAGGUGGGAAGGCCUAAAGACUUUGACAGGAGGUGCUUAGGGUUUUUUUACACCUCACUUUCAUAUCUAUUUCAGCCAGGGCCCAUUUCUGUUUGCCACAACUGAUCUCUCGCUUCACAACUGAAAUCUUCCAUUUUUUUUUUUUACAUUUGUUCUGCUGUUCAAACUGAAGAAAAUGAUUCGUUUGAUUGUCUACAGUUUGACCCUAUUGCACCUGUUUGGUGAGUCUGGUGCUGUUGUAGUGCAGCCAGUGUCAGUGGUGGAUGGAGAUUCGAUCACUUUAGAAAUACAAAGAAACAGGGACAUCGAGUGGAAGUUUGGACCUCAGAACAUUCUCAUAGCUGAGAUCAGCAGUGGUCCGUAUAAAAUCACAUUGCACGAAGACGCUCUUGAUGGGAGUUUCAGAGGUAGAUUGAAGCUGGAUCAGACUGGAUCUCUGACCAUCAACAACAUCAGAACAACAGACUCUGGAGAUUAUAAUGUAAUCGACACCAACGAAGAAAUGCUACUCAACACAUUCAAGCUGACUGUCCAAGAAGAUGGCCUUCCUAGCGGCGCUGUGAUCCUUUUGGCUCUCACUGCUGUGGUGGGCCUGGCCGCGGUGGCUAUACUGAUUUAUGAGUUCAGAUCCAGAAGUCUUCAAAAGAAGAGGAAUGUGCAAAAACAAGCAGACAACAGCCCUAAUUAACAGUAGAUGUUCUUGAAUGAUUGCAUCCAUUAGGGUAAAUGUCAUAUAGCGAACUCAUUCACAGAUGCAUUCACCUUAGUUUGCAGCAACAGAUUUUUUUUUGAUACCACUUGAGAUAACCCUAACCACUUGAGGUAAAAGACUAACCAAAUAACCAAUGUUGAAGUGCAGUAUAUAUUAAAACUUUUUGAUAGAAACCAGUUUGUUUCAUACUAAUAUUUUACAAUUAUUUUAUUUUGUUAUGAGUUUUUAAGUGUGUAGCUUAACCAAAAAAAAUUUUUUUUUAAAAAAAACAUCAUGCAUUUGAAACCAUUCAUCACUGACUUACUUAUCUUUACUGAUCAUAAUCUAUGAAUCAAGCCAAACGAACAACAACAAAAAUAUCUCACUUUUUUGUCAUUAUUUUCUGACAAAAAAAUUAUUUAUUUUGAAAUUUUGGCAAAAACUGCUUUGUGAAAAAGUCCUAGGCAUUUUGUCCAAUCAGGACCAAACUAGUGCUGAAAUAUUUGGUGCAUUCCAAAUUAUAUAGUUCACCCUAUGAAGGGCACUUCAAAGUGAAAACAAAAAUAACUUCCAUAUUGAAGUGUCGUUCCAAACCGAAUUGCCUCAACAUGGCCACUUUGAAGGGCCCUUCUGAAUGAAAGAUUUUGAAGGGUACUACUGAUGGACACUUCAGGCAUCCAGGAUCCUUUGAAGUUUUAUUUAUUUCUAUUUGUAUAACAAUGAACAUACUGGGGUUGGACAAUAAAACUGAAACACUCGUCAGUUUAGAGCUACAGGUUUAAUGGCUACAUUUGAGCAGCCCAGUGAUCAAUUUUCAUUGAAUGCACAUUCCAUCAGUAAGAGCAGUGUGAAGGUUUAAUUUGCAGAGUAACAGCACAGUUUUGUUUAAACUAUUGCAAUGCAUACAACAUGUGGGUGACACAUCAGAGUUUAAAAUAAGACAUACUGUUGACGCAUGCCUUCUUGGUUCAUCUGUGACCAAGGCAGCAAGUCUUUGUGAUUAUCAAGAGCCACAGUAUCCAGGUUAAUGUCACCAUACCACCAAGAAGGAUGAACCACAUCUACCAGGAGUAAUUGCGGACGCAAGUGAAAGCUGUUUGAAAGAGUUCUCUGGGUGUUAACCCCGAUUGUAUCCAAAAAACUUACUUCAGAAUUAAAUGUGCACCUCAACUCUCUGUUUUCACCAAAACUGUUCACCCGGAGAUCCACAGGGUCAAUAAACCUUUGGUCACUCAUGCCAGUGCCAAACGUCAGUUUCAGUGCUGCCAGCAGUGAAAAUCUUAGGCAGUGGACAAUGUGAAACAUGCAUUGUUCUCUGAUGGGACCACCUUUACUGUGUUUCUCACAUCCAUUAGAGUCACGCUGUGGAGAAAAAAGCAGCGUACCACCCAGACUGUUGCAUGCGCAGGACGUACUCACACUAUGUACGGUUGCUUUGAACCGGGUAUGCUUGUUGAUAACCAUUGUUAAUCCAUAUGAAACAGUCCCUUAAAAGUCACUUCACGUCUCGUCUUCAGUUUCAGGUUCAGGUGCACUUUACACUCACGAUACAAGCGUACCGCGCCUGAGCCCUUGUGAACCCUGCUCUGGCACACUUCUUCCAACCGGGCCAGGACUGGCCAAAUGAGCCGUGCCUGAGCCCGAUUCAGAGCACCCACACUUCUCGGGCCUGGGCACAGUUCGGAUAGCAUAGUGUGAGUACACCCUCAGUAUCAUAGCAUAUCAUAGCAGGAUUUGUAUCUAUCAUUUCAAAGACGGAUUGAUGCUGUAUUGGCUGUAAAAGGAGGCCCUACAUCAUACUUAUGAAUUAUUGUGUUCUAAAACUAGGCGUUUCAGUUUCAUUGUCCAACCCCAGUACAACAGCAAAAACAGAAAAAAGUGAACUCAAGUAAAAUAAAAGAAAACAUAAAGACAUGACAAAUCCAUUUUCAAAUUUAGGUGCAAAUAGAACCAAAUUACUCAAAAAAAAAAAUUAAAAGCUUCAAAAUAAUGAAUUUUUUCUGUUUUAUUAUUUAGUGUUUUAAUGUAUAAAGGUUGGAAUUCAUUUUCAAUCCUAAAAUUAGUAAAAAGCAGUGACAACCACUUUAGGUUUUCUUUUCCUUUAUAUGCUUUCUUAGUCAAUUUUUGAUCUCAGAAAUAAAGGUAAAGGAGCUGUCACUGGGGCAUACCUUUUUAAAAGAUACAUAUUUGUACCCAAAUAGUCCACAAAAGGUGCAUAUUAGUACCCAAAUGUAACUAAAAAUUACCUUUGAGAUACCAUUAUGGACCCUUCAGGUAUAAAUGUGUACCAUUAUUUCUGAGAGCGUACAGUUUGUGUGGUGAUGUUGUAGUGUAAACAGAUUUUUAAAUGUCUGUUUUAAAAAAUUAACUCUACCAUUUUAAUGUAUUUUUAUUUUAUCUCAGACAAGACGUAUGUGAUUAAUUCAAUGUCUUACUCACAUUAAGAGCACAUGCAAAUUAUUAAUUUAUUAUUACUAAUUACUAAUAAUUUACUACAUAUCUCUCUCUCUCUUUCUCUCUCUCUCUCUCUUUUGCUGUGAUGGUGACAUCCAAGAUAUCUUUUAUGCAAUUGCAUAGG